CAGCUCAAGGGAAAUUUGAUACCAGUGUUGUCAGUUUUUAAUUACAGAUUGCAUUAGACAUACACUGUUGAAAAGUAUAGGGUCUGCGAGAUUUUUUUCUAUGCAGUGUCACAUGAUCCUUCAGAAAUCAAUCUAAUAUGCUGAUUCAAGAAACAUGAUGCAUUUUUUCAAGAUUAUUUGAUGAAUCGUAAAGAAGAGGAACUGAAAAGGCUACCUGUGAGUGUUGCCACAAAAUUGACUUUCAGCGGGAACACAGUUCUGUCUAGGGAUGCACUUUUUAAUAUUUUUAUAUUUGCUGCUUAAAAGCACAAGAAAAAUAUGUGUAACAGUAAUAUUGUGUCUGAUAGUAAAUGCAUUAAGUAGCUCAGCCUUCAUUUCAGACUUCAAGCAAACCGCAUUUCUCUAACCACACUUCACACUACUGCUUAAUGAGCUUCCUGUGGAAGAGUUGCAAAGUAAAAACAUAUCUGUAAAAAGAGACCCAUAAAAAUGUGAGAAGAUGAUUUCCCUUUUGAAAUGGACUUUGUAAUAAUUUCUCUAAAUACACCAACACUAUGCAUGAGGGACUGAUAUGCAUAUGUCAUUUGUUGUGUAAUUAACCCCCUUCAGUUUCUUUUUUUGAAUGCAGCAAGUUGUUAUAUGAAUGGCCUUUUUGAGUAACAUUCUAGUUAUCAUGCCUUUGCUGUCCACAUAGUGGCGCUAUAGACUUUGAUUUAAGAGUAAUGCUCUCCUCAUCUCUCAGAAUUCAUGCAUGCAUACACACACACACGCUGUACACCUGGAACAUUUCCACUCAGCCAUUUAUUAAUAUCACAUGAGCUUUAAUGCUUAAUGGGCUGCUAAGUGGGUAUUUGGCCACAAAUGGGUUUACACCUCUAUUGAGUGUGUUUGUGUAUUAUUCAUGUACAUUUAGUUGUAGUAGCAGAGCUAAAGAGCCACUGCUGUCCUAACUGACCUGAUAAAAAGGCUUUGUCCAUUUUUUUUAAAUGAUUUUAAUGAUUCUUCUUUAAUCAUCCUCUUGAGAAAGUUGUCUUUUGUCACAUUGUGCUUUCAAUACUUUAAAGUGAUGGAAAUUCUGUAAUCAUUUACUCACACCGUUCCUAACCAGAAUGACUGACUGACUUGUGUGGAACACAAAAGAAGAUUUGUCUGACAGUUUUUGUCUGUUUGUGUCCUUCAGGCUUUCAUUGUGUGGACAAAAAAGAAAAGAAAAAUACUGCAUCUUUUGUGUGAACAAUCCCUGUAAGGCUGGAUUGCUGCUAGACAUUGUCUCUGACAGUCAAUUUUGCUUUAAAUACAUAGUUUUUUGAAUAUUAUAUACAUUAUAUAAUUAUUUUUUUUGUUUGCCUUUUUUUUCUCAUUCCGUCUGGCUGCCUCCUUCAUUUUCUCUCAGUGCUCUGAAAUUUCCCACUUGAGUGAGACUGUCGUCUGUUUUGGCUUAAUGUAGGAAAUUGACUCAUUUUGUGGCAUUGAUUUCCUCUCUGCUGCAUAGAGGAGAUCGCUGGCAGAGCAAACCUGAGAGCGGUCGAUAGCCCUUCAGAGGGCCGUUUGUGUGCCACACCUCUCCUCUCAUUGGAGAGAGAGAGAGAGAGAGAGAGAGUCAUUGUGUCAUUGUUUGUUUCCCCCAUUUUAAUUCUCACAACCUUCGCCUGUAUAACUACAGCACUAUUGUGUCAUUUUACCUUCAUCCAUAGGUGUUCCUGAUGUAGCUGUUGUUUGCCAAUGUCACAUAAUUUAUGUUAUCUGUCAGUGUUAUUCAGAGGCCACUAGUUGAAUGGCACUAGUUUCUCUUUUCAUUUACUGAAUCAGUAGGGUUCACAACGUGACACUUUUACCUCCAAUUUGAGCCCAGGCCCAGGUAUGUUGCUGUGCGUUUCUGCGGUUACUACUGAUUUUUAUUGAUGAAAUGGAAGGGACACACUUUUGAAAAUGUCUUUAUUAAAAAAAAAAAAAAGUUAAAUCAUAAGAAAUAAAAAUGUAUCAUCUGGGAUGGAGACUGGUCUUAAAACGUGUUAUAUUUUGACAGAGACAUGCAAUGGUUGCUGAAACUGUUUAACACUUACCAAAUUGUGUUCAGCAGAAGAAUAAGUGUCUUACAGGUUUGAACCAACAUGAGGUUGAAUAAAUGACAGAAUUUUCUUUUUUUGUGAACUAUACCUUAAAAUGAUGUGCAUCUAAUAAGGUCAUCUUUACUGAAACUUCGUCUUUGAGUUCAGUAGAUCAGUGCUUGUUGAUCCAUGAACACUUCCACAGUAAGCAUCACUUUCAAAGUCUGCCCUGACAGCUGUUCUGGGAACUCAUUUUCAGGUGAACGUCUUCGUGUGGUUCUGAGGUAACUGUACUGAUGCUUUGUCCUGGGUCAAAAUCACCCAUGGUAUAUGUCCGAUGGAAAUUGUGAAUUUGGAGAUUAGCUUGAGGGGGAAUCUUUCCUUCUUUAUAUUUAAUGGGUGUAAUACACUUACUAACCAGGUGGUGUCAACACUGUAUUUCCUUUUGAUUUCUUCCCAAAUUGCCUUGUAUUUUAUUUUAUUUUAUUUUAUAUACAGAUCCCCCACCAAGAGAAACAUGCAGCAUCUCAGUGAAAAAAUAUAAAUUGUAUACAGAGUUGUAAAAGUAUAUAUCUGCUACAAACUGCAAAUAUCUUAACAUUUAUAAAAUCAAGUUAUCAAGUUUUAUUUACCAAUGUAUAAUAUUUCAGACACAAACACAUGAUCCUGUAGGUUGGUGUGCUAGAGGAAUGUAACAUGGUCCUGUUAGAGGACAGCAGUGUUUACUCUCAGACAACUCCGCUCUGCUCACAAAGUUACUCAGACAUACAGAACACCACUCUAGACUAACAAACCGAGAAGAGCUACACAACGGGUUUCAUUUAUCAUUUACUAGUUUAACAAAAAUUCUAAUCUACUUUAGUUGGGGGGGAAAAGACCUUCAGGCUGCUAGAUGGAGUAUAACAGCAAGCAUUCUCUGUUAAUCUGGCUUGGUUCAAGUUGAACGUCAACAUAAGGAGUCACCAAAGGGUUAGUCAACAGACAAGCAACUCGGUGGAUUGGUGUCCACAUUAUGGAUGCGCUUGUGCUUUGUUUCUCCUUGGCGCUAGGACUAAUUCAUACUACAGCGGAAAAGGUUCUCAGACGGGGCAGUGUUCCCCCACAUAUUGUUUUCGUGAUGGUGGAUGACCAAGGCUUCAAUGACAUUGGGUACCAUGGCUCAGAGAUCCACACACCAGUGUUGGACCAGCUGGCUGGCGAAGGGGUGAAACUGGAAAACUACUAUGUCCAGCCCAUCUGUUCCCCGACACGUAGCCAGCUUAUGACUGGACGGUAUCAGAUUCACACUGGGCUUCAACACUCGAUCAUCCGUGCACGGCAGCCCCUCUGUUUGCCCCCCGACAUACCGACGCUCCCUGAGAGGCUCCGGCAGGCUGGCUACAGCACUCACAUGGUAGGGAAAUGGCACCUGGGUUUUUGCCGGCCCGAGUGUCUGCCAACGAGCCGUGGCUUUCAAAGCUUCCUUGGAUCACUGACGGGCAGUGGAGACCAUUUUAGCUUCCAAAGCUGUGACGGUGCAGAGGCCUGUGGGUUCGACCUGCAUGAUGGAAACCGACCGGCCUGGGAGCUGAGUGGGAAUUACUCAACAAGGCUUUACACUGAGAGAGUGAAAGAAAUCCUGAGAAGUCAUGACCAGCGGACGCCCCUGUUUCUAUAUGUGGCCCUCCAGGCCGUGCACACACCAUUACAAGCUCCUGGGCAUCUUCUCAGACGCUACCAGACCCUUGGAAACAGACCUCGGCGCCACUAUGCUGCAAUGGUGAGCGGUGUAGAUGAGUCAGUAGGGGAGAUUGUCAAUGAGCUGCGUGAGCGAGGCUACUACAACAAGUCUGUGCUCAUCUACUCUUCAGACAACGGGGGCCAACCUCUCUCAGGGGGUUGUAUUUGGCCCCUGCGUGGCGGCAAAGGCUCCUACUGGGAAGGUGGAGUGCGAGCAGUUGGUUUUGUACACAGCCCACUGUUAAAAAGGAAGAGGGUGGUGAGUCAGGCUCUGAUUCAUGUUUCCGAUUGGUACCCAACCUUGCUGUCUCUUGCAGGAUAUAGUGAAUCUGAUUCCAGCCACCUGGACGGCCAGGAUGUUUGGGGUGCUAUAAGUAGCGGCCUGCCCUGUCCACGAACUGAAAUCCUCUUCAACAUUGACCCUGUGUCACGCAGGCAUGGAGAAGUCGACCCGAGACUCCUAAAUGUUAAUGGUUUUGGGAUCUGGGACACAGGAGUGCGUGCAGCCAUUCGAGCCGGUGACUGGAAACUCCUGACAGGGAACGUAGGCGACGGAGACUGGUUUCCUCCGCAGACGAUGCCGGGAGGUCCGCAGCAGUGGCAGGGCAUGGAAAAGAGACGAGACCAGCGAGGGAAGUCUGUCUGGCUGUUCAACGUCACUGCUGAUCCCUAUGAGAGGGCAGAUUUGGCAGAGGCACGGCCUGAGGUGGUCAAGGUACUGUUGGCCCGACUUGCUGAGUACAACCGGACUGCUGUGCCUCCGCGCAAUCCUCCUGACGACCCGAUGGCUGACCCACAACUUCAUGGAGGGGUGUGGACUCCCUGGCUGGGUCAGGUAGAGGAAGGAGAUGAAGGGCAUGAUGAAGAACCAGACAACACCAACAGAAAGGCCCGAUCCAAGAGUACCUGCAGAGUCUGCAAACUCAGGGCCUUGUUUAAAAAGGUUGGUUCCCGUAUGCAAAGGGCCGCUUUGUUCUUGUAGUCAGAAGAGGUAGUUGUAGACAGGGUUUCUGCAUCCACAAAGCCAUUUUUUGCUGGCAGUGUAAAAAAUAUGUGCAGCGACACUGAACUGUUUAUGGCCUUCCUGCAUUAUUACACGGUAGUUCAAAGAUUUCACUUACCAGCCAUGAGCUUAUUAGACAGUUCCCAUCUGUAUGAUGCAAUGGAUUUAACGGAGCAGUUAAGGUAAAUACCAUUAAUGGUUCUCAGACAGAAGCAGUCUGGAUUUGAUCACAUGUAAUUUCCACAAGUACUUAAUGUAGAUAUUGCUGGGUCUUUGUUAGAUGAUCCAGUCAUUUGAAUACAGCAAAUGGUGUAAGCAGUGGCAUUGAUUUGAUAGGGAAUAAAACAGCACUUAUAUUGUUCUUCAGUUGUUCCUGGACCAGUGUUCUCUUAUCCACCCUCUGGUUCACUUUCUCAUUUUCUCUCAUCUAUCUGUUCUUUCUCUGACAUUCCUCUGCCUUGCACUCCUCCUCACGCCUCUUUCAUUCUCCUACCUUUUGCUUUAAUGCUUGUGCUCUGACAUUACCCACCACAACCAGAAUAACACAAGAUUCUACUCCUCCACCUGUUCCUCUUGCAUUCCUUCUCAGAUUGAGAAGAUCAGGUCAGUGCAGAUGUAAAAGCAAGAAAAAGAGCGAUAAACGAAGUUCUUUUAUGUAAAACGAUGGCUAUUUGAGGAGGAGUAAGAUCAUUAUUGGGUAUGAAGGCUGUGUGCCUUUUAUAUGAGACAUUCUUGACCUGUUCAUCUCCUGAUUUCAAGAGAUUUUAACUCAAUUCACAAGACUUGAUGAAAUGUGCUCUCUAUUCAGUGUAAUGCAUAUUUCAAAAUAACAGUUUAGAAAUAAUUUGAAUAUUAAAAUUUUACCUCUACGUAUGUAAAUGGUUUUACUCUCAUGUAAUUGUAUUUGUGAUUGUCUUCUUUCAGCACCCCUACAAAAUAAUCCAUCCUUUUGACUUGUUCACAAUAACAUAGUCCUCCCAUAAAGAUGUGUUCAGUCAAAAACCAUGAAUGAAAAACUAACCUCUAUCAAGCUGGAGGCAAAUGACCUCCAUUAAACACAUUCAUAUGAAGUAAUUAAACAAGAAGAAUGUUUCCUUAAGUUUUACUGUAAUAAAUGCUUCACUGUUGCAAGAUAAGGAAUCUAGAGCAAGGUAAAAAAAAAAAACAGUUAAAGGAUAAAGUUAGUACGUAGUUAAGAUAAUGCAAAACAGAUGUUUACCUUAACAGCUGCAAGAAUCACUGUAUCUUUUGUUGGAGACUGUUGUUGUUGUUAAAGAUUCAUUAAACCAUGAUUCAAACUAACUGAUCUGUUCCUACUUUCCAGCACAUUGUUAUUGCUUAAUAUUGUCACGUUCUUUUGUAAAAGUGUUAAAUGUAAAAGGGAUGGUUGGCCCAAAAAUGAAAAAGUCAUCGUUUAUUUACUCUCAUGUCAAAACCUGUCUGACUUUCUUCAGUUUUUUUUAGUUCAUACAGUCAAAGUCAUUGGGCACCAAAACAGUUUGGUUUAUCAACAUUCUUCAAAAUAUCUUGUGUUCAGAAGAAGUAGUUAUAUUAUAUAGUCAGUCAGGUUUGGAACGACUUGAGGGCGAGGAAAUGACUUCGUUUUAAGUUUUUGGGUGAACUAUCCCUUUAAGUUGUGAUUACAUUUGCUCUAAACUUGUGAAAUUACAUAAACCUACUUCAGACAUAUAUUUUGGAAACACAAAGUCUAGUGUUGGCCACACCUUUAUAAUCUCUGAUGUAAAUCUGUUGUAUACUUAUCUUAGGUCAUAGUCCAGAGGGCUUUUUUAUUUCCUGUUAUUAUUUGCCCAUUCAAAAGAAGUGGGGGAAAAAGUCUGGAAUGUACCUGGAUGAAUUACAACAACUAUAAAUGUUAAAAUUCCACCAAUACAACAAAUACACUUCCUCCUCCCGUUUAUCUCUGAAAACAACUCAAAACAGUAUCAACCCACUUUGGAAAAGACAUCAACUGUGGUAAGAAUGCACAAUGGGCUGGCCCAGAGAGAGAGAGUCUGACUAGCUCCCUCACUCUCUGUACAUGAGUCAUUCUGAACACAUGCUGGGCUUGGCAUCUCUUAAAGGUGCUGUGAGCGAUUUGUUUAAGAAAUACCAAGCAUAAAAUGUGCUUACUGCCUGACAGAUAAAGGCAUUCAGGUUAAAAAAGGGACUAUAAGGGGUCCAAAAUGGGGGUUUUUGUUGCCAAACUGCAGAAUCAGUUGAACGGAACACUGUUGUCCAUGCUCACAAUGUAUUGUAGUGGAUGAGAAACUAGACCAGCUAUGGAAUCGUUACAGAAAACUCUGUACUAAUAGAGUGUGUAUAUAGGAGCUGAAUACAUUUGAAUCCAUAGCUUUCUUUACAGUUAAACCACAAGUUAUGCUACAUGCUGUGAUGAAGGGAUGUUGUAAUUAUAUCAAAUGUUUCUCAGGCUCAAUUAGAUCUGAUGCCAUCACUCUGAAGAUCUUAACUGUGUUUGUGCCACAUAAAUGUCAGGUGGCUUUAUAAGAAUAUUUCUGCCCGUUUUAAUUCAAAUGUGUUGCA